UGACCAAACAAGAUUCCUACCAAUAAAAAGUAGAGGGUGUGCCUACUGAAAUGAAAGUUUGCUAAGACGGGGACAUAAAACCACAAGGAAAUACAAUGUAGAGCUCAUACCUGAAGCUGUUUAUCUUGUAAGACAAGAGGUGCUACACUCCGAGAUGGAUUUGUUUGCAUGGUAUUUUUUACUGUUGGGGUGUGUCGUGCUGAUCAAUGCGCAAAUCACUCAAGAUGUAACAGGUGUUUCUAAUACCACCACCAGCCCAGAUACCAUGGACGCAGACAACGUUGAGAAGUCACGACUUGGAAGACGAAGAAAAAGCGGCAUGCGCCGGGGCAUCAGGAUGCUUCAAAAUGAUACAACCAGCAACUCAAGUAAGCUCCCACACUUGUACACCGGAAAAAAUAUUUACAAGGGAAACUCAAACACAUUUUUCUUUCUUGACUUUCAAGGUCUUACUCCGACUCCCGACCCAGAUGAUACAACCAGCAACCCAACUCUUCUUCCGACUUCCAUCAACCCAGUGACGCCAACUACUAUCAAUACCACAACUUCCACCAUCCCAGUUAUCAACGUCACAGUAUGUGAGAAUGCCACCGUGGCUGAUGUGGUCUUCUUGGCGGACAGCUCUGGCAGCAUCAGCCUUGCCAAUCUCCAGCAGAUCCGAUUUUUUCUCCUAACCGUGGUGUCCGGUCUCGACAUCGGUCCCAACAAUGUCCGUGUGGGUUUGGCCCAAUUCACCGGCGCCCCUUUUCAAGAGUUCCUAUUGAAUGAACACCAGGAUAGGGACUCGCUGUUAGCCGCACUGAACAAUUACCCCGUUCGGAGGGGAGGCACGAUGAUAGGCAGGGCCUUGGAUUUCAUUCGGACGCAGUUCUUCACAGAAAGCGCCGGAAGCCGAGCCAACCAGGGGGUGCCUCAGAUCGCCGUGGUCUUAACAGACGGAGCCUCCUUCGAUGAUGUGGUGGAGCCCGCCAGGCGCCUCAGACAACAAGGUGUCGACCUCUUCAGUAUCGGAGUGGGACUGACCCAAGUGACCGAGCUGGAGGCCAUCGCCAACCAACCGUCUGACCAGUUCGUAUUCUCAAUUGAAAACUUUGGAGUUCUUCAAACACUGAGCGAGGUUCUGCUACGAUCCGUGUGCAAAGUCAUAAUUGACCACGGACAAGUGUAUGCGCAUAUAAAAGCUCGUGUUAAUUUCACCCUGGGAACGAACGUGACGGAAGUCCUCCAACAAUUCGUCCUCAGUCUAACUAGUACUUUCUGCGUGGGUUGCCAAGUUGACUUUAAUGCAACGGUAACGCCAGUCCAGACGGCAACACCCUGACAUACUUUUAACUUCUCCGUGUGCCAAAGAGGAGAUGCCCGCUGUCCCAGUCUGUCAAUAUUGACGUGUGCUUGUGUGUACUGGGAUGACUUAAAUGUAUGCUCAUGUAAACCUGACAAUAAAAGAGUCAAUCAUUA